AUGUCUCAGCUGAAGGCACACUCCAAUGGCUCCUCCGCCAAGGCGCGCGACCCGCCGCCGUCUCUGUUCCUCCACCCUUCACCAGCGGCCUCUCAUGUCUCCCUGACAGGAAUGUUCGGGCCAACGUCGUCUUCUACGGGCCCAUCGUCGAAUGCGCACCAUCUCGCCUCCCAGACCUCCACCGGCACGGCCCAAGCUGGUGGUCCUCCGAGUCUGGCGCGACAAGGCUCUCUCCUGAACCCGCGCGGCCGGGGCGCCGUCCCGGGGCCGGUUCCGAGGCUGCAGACUGGCGACUCCUCGCGAACUGUCGAUAGGACCGAUGCCCUGUGGGCAGAGAUGCAAGCCACGCUUGAAGAGGUGGAGCUUUCGGCCUCGGGAGGGACGCACGUCUUUGGGCCUGAACAUGACCGGAAAUUGACGGAUCUGCGGGCCGCCCAGAUCGCCCUGGCGCAGGCGUGGGCUAAGAGCGAGGCGGACGACGCAAUAGAGACAACGGCUGGGACCGGCACGGAGGAGGUCCGCGAUUUGAAGGGCGCACUGAGUACGGUCGGCCUUGCGGCUGCUUCAGGCGCCGGACCCGGGCUUGCCGGCAAGAUGGGCGCCGAGGGCACUGACCCUGGGAAAAGCACAGUAGGAUCGGGGAGUGCAAGACCACCAAGUAGCGGACGCGGCGGAGAAAGACUAGGGGCCGCCUUGGAACAGGAGACCGAGUCCGACAUCCUGCUGGCGCGGAAGAGGCGAGAGGCGAAUGAUCGUUACUUCAGCAGAGUGGACCAAGGCGUGCGCGAUGUCGUUGCGAAACUCGAGGAGGUCGCCAUCGCUAUGAGAGCUGUUGAGCAGGAGAGCCGAGAUGUUUGGGGUGAUGAAAGUGCCCCUGGAAGCGCAAAGGACUGA